CAACGUGAAGAUUGCAAUCGCGAUUGCAUAGCUCUGACACGCUUCCAAAUUCGAGCGUAUAAAGAACCGCAGGCUCAGGACGACACCUCCGUCUUCCAAGGCUCAACCCGCAGUCGAUAAUACGCCCAUCGCGAAGACGAUUGGAAGCCAACGUGCACAUUACUCAGGCAACGGUCCUAGCCCGCACCACGCCGACGAGAUCUAUCGCCAGCAUAAAGUCGAAAUGGAUAACGCGAUCGUCUCUGGUGUUCCCGUUGACGUUUGGCUCAAGGCCGUCUUCGGAUUUGACAUAAAGGACCUCCGUCUCGAAGAGUGGAACCGACCUUUCUCCCUUUCCCAACCUCAUCUCGAUGCCUACGUCCAAUGCGCACUCGAAACGCCACACUAUCGGCCCUUCGCCUGUAUGCUGAUGCAGGCCGUUCUCGAUUAUGUCGACGCCAUGAAGGACCUUGGAGUCGACGUCCACUUUCCUUGCGGCAUUUACUUCGACGCUCUGCGUGGCUACGAAGAAAUCUAUGGUUCUGGCGGCAUCAAACGCAAGCCGGACGUGUUCGUAACGAGCGAGGUUGGUCAUGCGCUUUUCCAGCACGUGAGAGAAGUCAACGAGGGGGUUCGUAAAAGAAAUUCCGACCAAUUCAUCUGGGGUCAUCCGCACACAGCCAUCGAAUUCAAGUUCGAAAGGAACUAUCUUAUGCAGAGAAGCAAGGCACCUGUUACAAACAGCGUGGAGGGCUUUCCUUUCUCUGCCCCGAUGCCUGCCAAAGGGAAACGUCGCUCCGGAGGUUCCACUGACGAGCGCAAUCCCAAGCGACCCAAGAUGACCGUCAUCGCCGAGGGCGAGCCUUCCCAUGACUCGGUGCCUGCUGCCUUUCGCUACGAUCGGAGUGGACCUCCAGGGGAUACUUUGAAGACAUCUCUCGUUCUGGAUGAGGCACAGCCUGCUGACUAUGCCGCAGAGGCCAUGCGAAGUGGUCUAUACCGCUAUUUUACCUGUGUUUUCAUCAAGGACGACUUUAUCACGCUGUGGUACUUUGAUCGCAUGGGGGCCAUACGCUCUCGCGGGUUCCGUAUCAGUGAAUACCCUGAAUUUAUUCUUUAUAUCGCUGUCGCCAUUGCUCGUGCCAGUCUCAAAGAUUUUGGCUUUGAGCCGAUGAUAGUUCCCGCUGAGGGCUCCACCUUUCCUCGUCCCGUCGGCACUUAUCAAUGGCCCAAUAAACAGGACGAACUUCGAGAGCAGGACCUCUUCGCUCGACUUCGAAACCUCUACAGCUCCACAUCUUCCUACGAGGCUCCUCUGCUCGAGUGGAAGGACAACGUCCUUCGCAUUGAGCACACUCCCCAAGUCUCUGAGAGCUGGCCUUUCGACACCGAGCCCGCCCCACUCUCGGCGAGUAACAAGGCUCCUCCUUCUGCAAACGACAUCGCUCCUCCCUCGGCAAACGAUAUCCCUCAUCCCUCGGCGAACGACAAGGCCCCUCCCUCGGCGAACGACAAGGCCCCUCCCUCGGCGAACGACAAGGCUCCUCCCUCCGCGAACGACAUCGUUCCUCCAUCGGUAGAUGACCCAUCUCUUUCCCCCACGAGCACCUUCCCUGCCUCGACGAUCGAUACUUCUCCUCCUUUGGCUCCACAGUCUUCCCUCACAAUCAGCUUCCCAAUCACCGGUCCACCGAUCCACGCCCAGCCAGGCGGUGUCGGACGGGGCACUGUCGUAUAUCCCCUUGCCCCUCCGAAAAAUGUCGAUGGAUAUGAUCCCAAGGAACCCCUCGUCGCGAAAUUCAGCUGGCAACCUUCGGGUCGCGCGGCUGAAGCGAGAAUUCUGCGUUACAUCCGGAAGAUGAUUCCAGCCCGCUGGAGAAACCACGUCACAGACGUCAGGUGCUCCAAACAUGUGGCCGCGAAGGCGACGGGUCUGCCCAGGGUAGCCUUGAUGGAGGAUACUGAGAUACGUGUGAAGAGGAGGAUGGAGAUUUUGGAGGAUGCCGAGACGAAAAAGCAGGGGAAAGAAAAGGGAGAACCGGAGGAAGAUGGCUACGAGGAGGUUCGCGAUGCUUUCAUAGGCACGAAUAUCGAAGAGCGCGACUUCCACGCUUUAGUCUCUACGCGUUACCUGCCAUUGAAAGAGGUCAAGGAUGCGAAUGAGUUCAUGACAGUUUUCAAGGACGUCGUGAAAGUGCACUACGUCAUCUAUAAGACGACUGGAAUCCUCCACCGAGAUUUGAGCGUCAAUAACGUUAUGUUUAUCCGCCGUAACGGCCGUGUCUUUGGCGUGCUCAACGACUGGGACCUCGCAGCUCCCGAGGUUCGAUCUUCUCCGCCGACUGCCUUUCACCGCACGGGUACCGCCGCUUUCAUGGCUCUCAAUCUUCUCGACAGUCCCGAUGGUUCCGUCCCACACCUCUAUUGCUACGACCUCGAAUCAUUUGCCUGGAUUCUCGUAUGGUGCGCAUACGUGCUCCUCUUCAACGGGAAGGAGGUGACCCACAACAAGCGCCCCGAAAAGAUUCAGGAAUGGACUGAGGACGGGCGGUGGGAGGCCAUCAGUGACAGCAAAUAUACGUUCAUCACAAAAAAACGUCGCGGUCCGAGUCCAUCGACGGACAGCGUUACUCCAGGCAUGAAAGGUCUUCUCGCGAGCUGUAUCUCCCCAGUAAUAGCGGCAAUGCAUGAUACAUUCCACCGCCGUCGUGCUCCGGGGGAGGAACAAUCUCCCAGUUACCCUUUGGUCAAGGAUGAUUUCUUCGUGUUCUCCACUUUCAUGAGAGUGUUGGAACCAGAUGUACCGAACCCAGAGGAGGCCGUAUUUGCGAACUGAGGAAGGAGUUCGUAGUUUUCUCUUUCAUUAGCGCCAGGCUGUAUGCUGUCUUGUGUCCUUUCAAUAUUCCUAUUCCUCUCCCAGUUAUGUUACGCAUGGCUUCUGGCGUUGUUAUCCAUGAUUACUACCUUGAGUUUGCUUAGCCUUUCAUUUUCC